UUCUUUUGCGCAUGCGUGUUUGUAUGUGAGGUGUCUUCAUAUACAUUAGUUUCAUGCUUCUUUCCAGGAAUUACAAAUUUGAAUUCUAAAUUGUGUGCGUUUCUAUAUAUUUUUACUCAACGACUUGGGAAGACGUGGGUUUUGCCGCGCAUUCUAUUUUUGCUUCAGUGAAUUACUUAGAUUUCAAUUGGUGAAAGGGGACGAGAGAACCCACCGGGCGGCGAAGAAGUCGAAGGCACAAUGAUUUUUUUUAAAAGGUGGACAAGAUUACACUAGAAAAAAUGGUUUAAAGAGGCAGUGCUCUCUGUGAAGACUUUUGGUGGCGGGGAAUGUUACGGUGGACAGUACAUCUAGAAGGAGGGCCACGGAGGGUGAACCAUGCUGCUGUUUCUGUGGGACACAAAGUCUACUCCUUUGGGGGCUACUGUUCAGGAGAGGACUACGAAACUCUACGGCAGAUUGAUGUUCAUGUAUUUAAUGCCGUUUCUCUUCGUUGGACAAAGCUACCUCCAGUGCGAACCAGUGGAAGGGAACAUGCCAGAGAAGUGCCCUACAUGAGAUAUGGGCACACAGCUGUGCUUGUUGAUGAUACAAUCUAUGUGUGGGGGGGUAGAAAUGAUACCGAGGGGGCCUGCAAUGUGCUCUAUGCCUUUGAUGUCAAUAACCACAAAUGGUUUACUCCAAGAAUAUCAGGUACAGUACCUGGAGCAAGAGAUGGCCAUUCAGCCUGCGUUCUUGGAAAAUGCAUGUAUAUCUUUGGAGGAUAUGAACAACUAGCUGACUGUUUUUCAAAUGACAUCCAUAAACUUGACACCACUACAAUGGUUUGGACUUUGAUCAGUGCCAAGGGUACAGCAGCUCGUUGGAGGGAUUUCCAUUCUGCCACAAUAAUUGGCACAAAAAUGUUUGUGUUUGGUGGGCGAGCUGACAGAUUUGGACCUUUUCACUCCAACAAUGAAAUAUACUGCAAUAAAAUUAAAGUUUUUGAUACUGAAAUGAAUUGUUGGUUGGAUUCCCCAGCUACUCAAAUCCUUCCUGAAGGAAGACGUAGUCACUCUGCCUUUGCCUGUAAUGGAGAAUUGUAUAUAUUUGGAGGAUACAAUGCACGCCUUGACAGACACUUUAAUGAUCUGUGGAAAUUUAACCCAGAAAGCUUUACUUGGAAGAAGAUAGAGCCAAAAGGAAAAGGUCCUUGCCCUCGUAGGAGACAGUGCUGCUGUAUGGUUGGAGACAAAAUUAUUCUUUUUGGAGGUACUAGCCCAUGUCCUGAACAGGGAAUGGGAGAUGAGUUCAACCUUAUGGAUCAUUCAGACUUAUACAUCCUGGACUUCAGUCCGAGCCUGAAAACGUUAUGUAAAAUAGCUGUCAUCCAGAAUAACUUGGAGCAGACUGGCCUUCCUCAUGACAUUAGGUGGGAGUUGACUGCCAUGACAACCAACAGCAACAUCAGCCGACCAAUCUUUUCCUCUCAUGGGUAACUCAAGAAUAUGCAGUCGUCGUUCUCCAAGUGGCACAUAUCAGAGGUGUAUACAAGGCGUUU